AAUGGCUUCACUUGCUCCGACUGUAACAUUGAACAAUGGCUACCGAAUGCCGGUUCUUGGAUUGGGAACGUGGUUGUCUCGUGAAGGUGAAGCUAUCGACGCUGUCAAGGCAGCCAUCGACGCCGGCUACCGUCACAUUGACACCGCCUACUUGUACCGUAACGAGAAGGAAGUGGGUCAAGCGAUUCGGGAAAAAAUAUCCGAAGGUGUAAUCAAACGCGAGGAUAUUUUCGUAACCACUAAGCUGUGGAAUGGCUUCCACGAUCCGGACAAAGUUGAGGAAGCUUUUAACCGGUCGCUUGCCAAUCUGAACAUCGACUACAUCGAUCUGUACCUGAUGCACAGUCCGAUGGGUCACAAAUUUGUUGCUUGGGAGCCGGAAAACCCUGACAGUGCCGCUGUUCCGGAGUUUACCGAGGUGGACUACGUUGAUACUUGGCGUGCAAUGGAAAAACUUUUGAAACGUGGAAAAGUGCGAAGCAUUGGCGUGUCGAACUUCAACAGCCAGCAGGUUGCUCGUAUCGUGCAGGAAUGCGAAGUGAAACCUGUGACCAAUCAGGUGGAAUGUAAUCCCGGAUUGAACCAACGCAAGCUGACUGAGUUUUGCAAACAACUGGACGUUACACUGACCGCGUACAGCCCCCUGGGACGUCCAAACUACUACGAAAAGGAUCCCAUUAACACACCCAAGCCGGCACUGGAUGAUCCACGGGUCGCGGAGAUUGCUAAAAAGUACGGAAAAACACCGGGACAAGUGAUUUUGCGAUACCUGAUCGAGCUCGGAACGAUUCCGGUACCGAAGUCAGCAAACGCUGUCCGACUGCGCCAGAACAUCGAAAUUUUCGACUUCAAAUUAACCGAAUCUGAAAUCAAAAUUAUGGACGGUUUCAACACAGGCAAACGUACCGUUCCGUUCGCCGCCUCCGCCCACCAUAAGUACUAUCCUUUCAAUAUUGACUUUUAAUUGAAUAAACA